AUGGAAGAUGUCGCCGAGCAAUCCAAGAGCGCCUUGAAGAAGGCUGAGAAGCAGGCCAAGAUGGCGGCCGACAAGGCUGCAAAGGCUGCUAAGAACGCCGCCAAGCAGACCAAUGUCCCCGUCGUUGGCGGCAAGAAGACGGACGAUAUCAUCGGUAUUACCGUGAACAAGGCCGACAACUUUCCACUAUGGUAUCAGGAAGUUGUUCUCAAGGCCGAAAUGGUCGAGUACUACCAGGAAAUUUCGGGCUUCUUUGUUCUGCGCCCCAUCUCCAUGUAUAUUUGGAGCACCAUUCGCAAAUGGUUCCAGGAACGCAUUGAGAAUCUCGGCGUUGAGGAGGCCAGCUUCCCCAUGUUCCUUUCCGCCAAGUCUCUCGAAAAGGAAAAGGAUCACGUUGAAGGUUUUGCUCCUGAGCUGGCCUGGGUCACAAAGGCUGGUGAUAAGGAUCUCGAGGUCCCUGUCGCUGUUCGUCCCACCUCCGAAGCUGUCAUGUACCCUUACUACGCCAAAUGGAUCCGAAGCCACCGCGAUCUUCCCCUGCGACUGAACCAAUGGAACUCUGUUGUACGAUGGGAGGCCAAGCAGACAACUCCUUUCCUGCGUACUCGCGAAUUCUUGUGGCAAGAGGGUCACACAGCGCACUUGAGUGAGGAGCUUGCUGGUGUUGAGGUUCUCCAGAUCCUCGAUUUCUAUGCUGGAGUCUACGAGGAGCUUCUCGCUGUCCCCGUUGUCAAGGGCCGCAAGACCGAAAACGAAAAGUUUGCUGGUGGGUACUACACCACUACUGUUGAAGGUUACAUCCCCUCCAACGGCCGUGGUAUCCAGGGUGGCACCUCCCACUGCCUCGGCCAAAACUUCAGCAAGAUGUUUGAUAUCACUGUUGAGGACCCCGUCAACAAGGGAGAGAAGAUGUAUGUAUGGCAGAACUCUUGGGGCCUGUCCACUCGCGUGAUCGGCGUCAUGGUCAUGGUCCAUGGCGACAACAAGGGUCUCGUACUCCCUCCCCGAAUUGCUAAGCUCCAGGCAGUCAUCAUUCCCGUCGGUAUUACAAAGAGCACGACCCCCGAAGCUCGCAAGCAGCACGAUGAACAGGUCCUUGAUAUUGAGCACACUCUCAAGAAGGCUGGUGUCCGCGUCCAUGUCGAUUUCCGUGACGGCUACACUCCCGCCUGGAAGUUUAACGACUGGGAGCUGAAGGGUGUCCCUCUGCGUAUUGAGUUUGGCCCCAAAGAUGCCGCCAACAAGGUUGUAUCGUUUGCUCGCCGUGAUACUGGCGGUAAGGGUACCGUUGCUUUAGAUGAGCUCACCGCCAAGAUCCCUGAACUUCUCGAGACCAUCCAGAAGGAUAUGUACAACAAGGCUGAGACAGCAUUCCGCGAGCACCGUCUCAAGAUCACCAACUGGGACGAGGUUCUCCCCGCCCUUGACAACAAGAAUGUUGUCCUCAUCCCCUUCUGCGGCAAUGGCAAGUGCGAGGACCGAAUUAAGGACCUUACCACUCGCGUGGAUGAGCAGCCCGAUGUUCCUGAGGGACAGAAGGCCCCAACCAUGGGAAUGAAGUCGCUCUGCAUUCCCUUUGAGCAGCCCGAGGGUAUCGUUGCCGGCGAAACCGAGUGCUUGAACCCCGACUGCAAGAACAAGGCGGACAAGUGGACCAUGUUUGGCCGUAGCUACUAA